AUGGCAAGAGCAUCUGGGGCUGGAGAAGUGAGGACUGCAGAGGACACACAAUUGAGAACAACGGCAGAGAUGUCUAGUUAUAGAAGUGCAGUAGGAUCAAGUUCUAAAGAAGCACAUUUUGGCCUGAAAGAUGAUUAUUUGGAUGAAAUGGAAAAUUGA